UACUCAAUCUGCAACUCAUUGGGUGUAUGCAGUGGCUUUUUUUCGUUUGAUAUCACCUUCUGAUAUCCCACUCUCUUUCUCUCUCCUCUCCUCUCUCUCUUUCUCUCUCUCCUUCUCUUUCUCCCUCUCCCUCCCUCUCUCUCUUUCUCUCUCUCUCCCUCUCUUCCCUCUCUCUCUCUCUCGCUUUCUCUCUCUCACUCUGCAUUCUUCUCACUUUCACUUUCCCCAUUUAUUUCAAUUACAAGGAAUCUAUGAAAACAUUUUCCGAGGCAUCGUUGCUUCAACAAAACACGGAUUAUCUAUUAACACAUCUGUAUUGAUACAAUUCCUCAGUUUCUGGUUGUAUACAGCAAAUUCAUACAUCAAGAGUGGAAUUUUAUACUUCCUCGAUCACCUAUUUUACCACUUGCAGGUGAUUGAAUAUAACCACAGACACACACACACACAUAUACACACACACACACAUAUACACACACACACAUAUACACACACACACACAUAUACACACACACACAUAUACACACACACACACACACACUUAUAUAUAUAUAUAUGUAUGUAUGUGUAUAUAUAUAUAUAAAGAUAGAUAUAUAUAUAUGUACAUAAACAUACACACACAUACACUUACACACAAGGACACACAAGCACACACACACACAUACAUUAUCUGUACAAUGUUGUGGUUUAUUUCAUCUGCCAAUAUUCUGUUUACAACACUACUAAAGCGAUUUGUAGAAUUUGAAAAUAACAAAUUUUGUUAACGUAUCAACAGAGAAUUAUUUCAAUAAAAUUAAAGCAGCAAUGAGGUACAUUACUACACAUCCAAAUGAAAUAUCGACGCAAAUUUGGAAUAAUGUGUCAUCAACCGAAAUAUGGGGCAACUUUUCCGCAGCAAAAAAUGAAACUCAGCCCAUAAAACGUAAUCAAGACCUGGCUAAUGCUGAAGUUAUUACGUUGGCUGUUGUUAUAAUAAUUACAGUUAUAGGUAAUAGUAUUGUUUUAAUAACAUUGUUCCAGCGUAGAAAGAAAUUGACACGAAUGCACCUGUUUAUUUUACACCUGUCUGUAACUGAUCUCUUCGUCGCCUUCUUUAAUAAUUUGCCGCAGAUGAUUUGGGACAUUACAUUUUUAUUUCUCGGAACUGAUUUACUGUGUCGUCUCGUUACUUACUUACAAAGCGUAGCUAUGUAUGCAUCGAGUUAUGUCCUUGUGGCAACUGCUAUUGACCGUUAUUUUGCUAUAUGCCACCCUUUAUCAAGUCACAAGUGGACCACUGCCAGGGUACACAUCAUGGUUUUCAUUGCCUGGAUGUUAUCAUUUCUCUUCAGUACUCCGCAACUCUUCAUAUGGAGCAUGCAAUUCUCAAAUAUUGGAUUGACUUGUCAGGCGACCUUUGACCCGAAAUGGACUCUGAAAUUUUACAUCACUUGGUUAACAGUCGCGAUUUGGAUUUUACCAACAAUAGCACUGACUCUGUUUUAUGGAAUGAUGUGCUUUGCUGUAUGGAAGAGAGGACGCUCCACUUUGGGCAGUUCCCGAACACGAAAUAGAGCUUUUCUCACGAAUCGUGUGUCUACACGUAUUGGUCAAAACCAUUUAACUCGAGGGUUUUCUGAGGAGGAUAUGGAAGGACAAAGCGUCAAUUACAACAGAGGAAUUUCUCGAGCCAAAGUCCGGUCUGUGGCUCUAACUUUAAGUGUGGUUGCCUGUUACUUUAUAUGUUGGUCACCGUUUUUUGUGUGUCAGAUGUGGGCAGCUUGGGAUGAAAAUGCUCCAUAUUCAGGUGCAAUCUAUACCAUAUUAUUACUACUCUCGUCCCUCAACAGCUGUACUAAUCCCUGGAUUUACAUGAUCUUUAGUGUAUUCCAACACAGAGCAAAGAAUAGCCGCUUUGUUCAAGACGAAGAAACGACUUCAGUGACUGUGUUGCCAUCUAGGAAUGAUAUCAGAUUGAUGUCAAUGAAAAAAAAAUUGGAUCAAACAGCCAGAAACUGAAGAAAUUCAGAAAAUUGAAUACCACAACUAAGCGCCGGCUUCCAUUAUGUUGGUAAUCUGAGUGACAUGUUAAUGGACUGGAAGAACAAAAGAAUAUUUAGAACAGAAUAUUUAGAACUGCAAACGUAAAUUUAAUUUCCUGUGUUCGUAUAUGAUAUGGAUGUAUGCAUAUAAGUAUACUUGCAUGCGUACUGAUAUACAUAUGUACAUAAAUAUAUAGAAGUACACGCUUACACUCAAAAGCACACUACCACGCGCGCACGCAUACGCAUACACGCAUAUAUACUUAUAAACCUACUUAUACGUAUACAUGCAUACAGUCCACACUCACGCAUACUAAAAAUACACCCUAAUACAUUCAA